CAGCACAGGAUGCCAACCAAAUUUAAAUCUACAUCAUUACACAAUACUCAAAAACACCAUCAGCAACAUCCACAUCAGCUGCCUUCUAUCAUCAAGCAUCUACGCACCCCAUAAUCUCAUACAAGCUUUCACUAACCAGAACCGCAUCCAGAAUUGAAGCAAUGUCUUCUUGGGAGAGCAAGAACGUGAAUCCGUUCGAGAACAGCAGCACACCCAACAAGUGGGGCAACACCUCGGGCGGUUGUUCCGAGGGAGAUCCAAAUGGCCCCACCGGCACUGGAGCCAAUGCCUCAAACACCAAAGGCGGGCACAAGGACCAGAUAUCUGCAGCUUCAGUCAAGGGCGGCAGACCGUCGGGCGGGGGCUAUGGCCAUCAUGGUGGAAGCAAGAAAUGAUGGUUCACAAAGAAGAAGCCCU